AGGGAAAUUCUUGCCCCCUGCCCCCAGGAUGCGUUCUGGCGGACCUGGCUGUGCGAGGUCUGGGGCUUUGGCUGCAGACGGAUUAGGUCUGAUCCGAUUAGAGCCUGGGAGGUCCACUUCGCCCCCUUGCCUGGCACUGUCAGCGCCCUCCCCGCCCUCGUGGGGUCUCGGGGAUCUCCUGGAGACCCUUCGCCCUGAACACCGGCUUGGUGCAGAAAUCCGAGAAGCUCCGUGUGCCCUGGGUUCGGCUCACUGGCACAGCGCGGGCUGGGGCUUCCGCCCCCUGCGGCCCUUCCGAGCCCCGCCCCGAGCCUGCGGGUGUCUGGGCGCCCCCCUCUGUGCUCGCCGCUUGGCGGGUGGGUUCCUCGCUGUUGGGGUGCCCGCGCCAGCCCCUCCACUGGGAAGGCGGGACCACGGCCCCGCCCCGCAGGUCUCCCCGCCAGUGCACCUGGCGGCUAAUGCCACGAGCGGCACUGUGCGCCUGUCCGCGCAAUACCCCGCGUCCGUUUGUCUCCGCGUGCAGAGCCGGGGGUCUGUCUGUCCCCACCGCAGGAGGACUGAGCAGGGCCGGCGUCAGAGCUACGUGCGGCGGGGCGGGCGCGGCGGGCGGGGUGGGGGCGGCGCUGAGCGCGGCAGCGGCGGCGCGGGAGGCGGGGAGGCGCGGCGCGCCGGGGACAGCGGCGGACGGCGGCGGCAUGCGGCUUCUCCCUUUGCCCAUCGUGGGCUGAGACGGCCGCAGCACGGGCGGGAGGCGCGGCGGCCGGUGAGCCGAGGGCGCAGCCAGCCGGGCAGACCCCGGACAGCGGUCGGGGCGCCGCGCCAUGGGCCGAGCCGAGGGCGGGGGCCCGGGCCGGGGGCCACCGCCGCUGCUGCUGCUUCUGGGGGUUACGCUGGUGCUCGCUUCUGGGGCCGCGCCGGUGCCUGAGGCGGGCAGCGCCGUCGAGGCAGACACGCCUGUGAAGAGCGUCCCGGCGUGGGAGCCGCGUGCUAACGACACGCGGGAGAAGGCCGGCCCACCAGCAGCUGGGAAAGAUGAGACUUCUCGGACUGCGCCCGGCGGAGAGCAGGCCUUGGUGGGCCCUGGGGUCGGGGCUGAGGAGGCGCUGGAGGCGUCGGCGGCGGUGACAGGCACAGCCUGGCUGGAGGCCGAGAGCCCAGGCCUGGGCGGAGUGACCGCAGAGGCGGGCAGCGGCGACACCCAGGCCCUUCCAGCCACGCUCCCGACUCCCGACGAGGCCCUUGGGCCGUCCUCGACGUCCGCAGCCACCUUCGAGGCUACGGAGGCCAGUGAACCACCUUCCCGCACCCCUGGCGACAAGCCGAGCCCAGGCCCUGAACUCCCCAAGGAGAGCCCCAUGGAGGUUUGGCUGAACCUGGGAGGCAGCACACCUGACCCUCACGGGCCGGAGCCCACUUACCCCUUUCAGGGCACACUGGAGCCCCACCCAGCAUCAGAUAUAAUUGACAUCGACUACUUCGAAGGAUUGGAUGGUGAGGGCCGUGGCGCCGACCUGGGGAGCUUCCCUGGGUCGCCAGGUACCUCAGAGCACCACCCUGAUCCCGGGGGAGAGACCCCUUCCUGGAGCCUGCUUGACUUAUACGAUGACUUCACUCCCUUUGAUGAGUCUGAUUUCUACCCUACUACAUCCUUCUAUGAUGACUUGGAUGAAGAGGAGGAAGAAGAGGAGGACAAGGAUGCAGUGGGAGGCGGAGACCUGGAAGAUGAAAAUGACCUUCUAGUGCCCACUGAGAAGCCUGGUCUGGGGCCCGGGACAGGCCAGCCCACCAGUCGGUGGCACGCUGUCCCUCCACAGCAUACUCUGGGCAUGGUCCCGGGCAGCAGCAUUGCCCUCAGGCCCCGCCCAGGAGAGCCAGGCAGGGACCUGGCCCCUAGCGAGAAUGGCACCGUGUGCCGCAGUGGCUUUGUGAGACAUAACGGCUCCUGCCGGUCAGUGUGCGACCUCUUCCCAAGUUAUUGUCACAAUGGCGGCCAGUGCUACCUGGUGGAGAACAUUGGGGCCUUCUGCAGGUGCAACACGCAGGACUACAUCUGGCACAAGGGGAUGCGCUGCGAAUCCAUCAUCACCGACUUCCAGGUGAUGUGCGUGGCCGUCGGCUCGGCCGCCCUCGUGCUGCUCCUGCUCUUCAUGAUGACGGUGUUCUUCGCCAAGAAGCUCUACUUGCUCAAGACCGAGAACACCAAGCUGCGCAGGACCAACAAAUUCCGGACCCCAUCUGAGCUCCACAAUGAUAACUUCUCCCUGUCCACCAUUGCCGAGGGCUCUCACCCAAACGAUGAUUCUAGCGCUCCCCACAAAAUCCAGGAAGCUCUCAAGUCCUGCCUGAAAGAGGAGGAGCCAUUUAACAUCCAGAACUCCAUGUCGCCCAAACUCGAGGGUGGCAAGGGUGACCCGGCUGACCUGGAAGUGAACUGUCUUCAGAACAACUUAACCUGAAGCCGAGCAAGAGAGGAAAUGGGGGGGCGGGGGGCGGGGGAAGAAGCAUUAUCUCCUCUUGUACAGAUUCUGUUUCUUGUAACCAUUUGUUAAACUCCUUUCUUUUUCUGAUCUCAUGGCAUGCCUUGGUGUAUUUUGUACAGGAGGGAAAAAACACACCAUAAGCAAAGAACCCGAAGAGAAUUACAACGCGUUGGAUUGUCUGUCUGUGCUGUCUGUACCUUGCUUCUGCUGCUGUGAUUUCUAAACCUAUGCUAUUAUUCAACUGACUUUUUUUUUGUACUUUGACCCACCCUUUUUUGAGAUACCGGUUAAAACAAACAACAACAAAGUUCUUGAAAUAAAACUUUUUAAAAAGCCA